CUCUCUUUCUGCUGUUUUUUCUGGUUUUCUGUGGGAUCUUUGUUGUCUCUGUUUUUUGUUCAUGAUUAAAUCCAGAGCAGAGGCGCAAUACAUUAAACGCCAUAGAUUCUGAAGUUGUUGAGUAUCAAACUAGCAGCUUGGGAUCCAGCACCAUGGCCUCUGAGAAUGGCUUGAAUGAACCUACUGAGAGGCAUGAGGCCAGCACAUCGAAAAGCCAGGAAGAGCCGGAGAAAAUCUCCGGCGUCAAUGGAGAAAAUCAAGGUUCAGAAGGCAAAAAAGAGGAUGAGAAAACUAACACGGUUGCGUUUUACAAGCUGUUUGCGUUUGCUGAUUCAACGGAUAUAUUGUUGAUGAUCGUCGGCACGAUCGGAGCGGUUGGGAACGGUGUAUGUAUGCCCCUUAUGACGGUCCUCUUUGGGGAUCUCAUUGACUCUUUUGGAGAAAACCAAAAUGACGAUAGAAUCGUUGAUACUGUCUCCAAGGUUUCUUUGAGAUUCGUCUACCUUGGGGCAGGGGCAUUGGUGGCGGCGUUUCUCCAGGUGGCCUGUUGGAUGGUCACAGGUGAGAGGCAAGCCUCUAGAAUAAGGGGAUUGUACUUGAAAACCAUAUUGAGGCAAGACGUUGCUUUCUUUGAUGUCGAAACAAACACGGGAGAGGUCGUCGGAAGAAUGUCUGGGGAUACAGUUCUCAUACAAGAUGCCAUGGGCGAGAAGGUUGGGAAGUUUAUACAGUUGAUAUCGACAUUCAUUGGAGGCUUUGUUAUAGCCUUUGUGCGGGGAUGGCUUCUUGCCCUUGUUAUGCUGUCAUCCCUCCCUCCCCUUGUAAUAUCUGGUGGCGCCAUGGCCAUUAUAAUAUCCAAGAUGGCAUCACGCGGACAAAAUGCUUAUGCCAAAGCUGCUACCGUAGUCGAACAGACAAUCGGUUCGAUCAGAACAGUUGCAUCAUUUACUGGUGAGAAGCAGGCCAUAAGAAAUUACAAUAAGUUUCUUGUUACAGCUUACAAAUCAGGCGUUCAUGAAGGCACUGCUGCUGGACUCGGUCUUGGUGUACUUUUUCUAAUUGUAUUUUGCAGUUAUUCUUUGGCUAUAUGGUUUGGUGCCAGGAUGGUUUUGGAAAGAGGGUACUCUGGUGGCGAUGUAAUCACUGUAAUUUUCGCUGUAUUGACGGGUUCCAUGUCCCUGGGGCAGGCAUCCCCAUGUGUGACUGCAUUUGCUGCCGGUCAAGCAGCGGCCUUUAAGAUGUUUGAAACCAUCAAAAGAAAGCCGAAGAUCGACCCAUAUGACACUAGGGGGAAAGUAUUGGACGACAUAAGCGGGGAUGUAGAACUGAAGGAUGUUUAUUUCAGUUACCCUGCUAGACCAGAUGAGCAAAUUUUCAGUGGCUUCUCUCUUUCUAUUCAAAAUGGCACAUCAGCGGCUUUGGUUGGACAAAGUGGAAGUGGGAAAUCGACUGUGAUAAGCCUUAUAGAGAGAUUUUAUGAUCCACAUGCUGGUGAAGUUCUUAUUGAUGGCAUUAAUCUCAAGGAGUUUCAACUUAGAUGGAUCAGGGGAAAGAUUGGUCUUGUUAGCCAGGAGCCUGUAUUGUUCACAUCAAGCAUUAGGGAUAACAUUGCUUAUGGAAAGGAAGGUGCAACCACAGAAGAGAUACGAGCCGCUGCUGAACUUGCGAAUGCAUCUAAGUUCAUCGAUAAACUGCCUCAGGGACUAGAUACUAUGGUUGGAGAGCAUGGAACUCAGCUUUCUGGUGGACAAAAGCAGAGAGUGGCGAUAGCAAGAGCAAUUCUGAAGGACCCUAGAAUAUUACUUUUAGAUGAAGCUACAAGUGCAUUAGAUGCAGAAUCUGAAAGAGUAGUGCAAGAAGCAUUGGAUAGGAUGAUAGGCAAUAGGACGACUAUCAUUGUCGCUCAUCGUUUGAGUACUGUGAGAAAUGCUGAUAUGAUUGCUGUAAUUCAUCGAGGAAAAAUGGUCGAAAAAGGAACUCAUUCGGAACUACUCAAGGAUCCUGAGGGAGCAUACUCUCAGCUAAUUCGGUUACAAGAAGCAAAUAAAGAGUCAGAACAGGUAACAGAGAUAUCAGACGGUAAUUCAGAAUCGUUUAAACAUUCAAGCCUAAAAAAGUCAUUGCAGCGCUCAAUCAGUAGGGGUUCAUCUAUGGGAAAUAGCAAACGACAUUCAUUUAAUGCGUCAUUCGGUUUACCUACUGCGAUGCAUGUCACUGAUCCUACCAUGGAAGAUACAGAAAACCCUGCUGAAGUACCAUCAGAACAGGCUCCAAAGGUUUCCAUCCGUCGUCUUGCUUACCUCAACAAGCCAGAGAUUCCUGUUCUCCUACUUGGAACUAUAGCAGCAGCUGCCAACGGUGUAAUAUUUCCGAUUUUCGGUAUCCUAAUCUCCAGUGUAAUUGACACAUUCUUUAAACCACCUGAUGAAAUCAGAGAGGAUUCAAGGUUCUGGGCAUUAAUAUUCAUCGCGCUUGGGGUGGCAUCAGUUGUGGUAGGUCCAGCACAAAAUUACUUCUUUUCCAUAGCUGGAUGUAAAUUAGUCCAACGAAUCAGAUCGAUGUGUUUUGAGAAAGUGGUCCGCAUGGAAAUUGGUUGGUUCGAUGAACCGGAAAAUUCUAGUGGUGCAAUUGGUGCUAGGCUCUCAGCAGAUGCAGCCACAGUACGCGCCCUAGUCGGAGAUACGCUAGCUCAGCUGGUUCAAAACAGUUCAUCGGCAAUAGCUGGUUUAGUCAUUGCUUUUGUCGCAUGUUGGCAGUUGGCAUUUAUUGUCCUAGUACUACUCCCUCUUGUUGGGCUCAAUGGAUAUAUUCAAAUAAAAUUCAUGAAGGGCUUUAGUGCAGAUGCAAAGACGAUGUAUGAAGAGGCAAGCCAAGUUGCUAAUGAUGCAGUUGGUAGUAUAAGAACAGUUGCAUCCUUUUGUGCAGAGGAAAAGGUGAUGCAGCUCUAUAAGAAGAAAUGUGAAGGCCCUAUGAAAACUGGGAUUAAGCAGGGUUUAAUAAGUGGAACAGGAUUUGGAGUUUCAUUCUUCUUUUUGUUUUCUGUUUAUGCGACGAGUUUCUAUGCAGGAGCUCAACUUGUUGAGCAUGGCUAUACAACAUUCAGAGAUGUUUUCCAAGUUUUCUUUGCUUUGACUAUGGCAGCUAUAGGAAUUUCACAAUCAAGCUCCUUUGCUCCCGACUCCGGCAAAGCCAAGGUUGCUGCCGCAUCCAUUUUUGCGAUUAUUGAUCGCGAGUCUAAGAUAGACCCGAGCGAUGAGUCCGGGAUGACCCUAGAAAACGUGAAGGGGGAUAUUGAGCUUCGUCAUGUCAGUUUUAAGUAUCCAUCAAGGCCAGAUAUUCAAAUUCUCCGAGACUUGAGUGUGUCUGUUCGUGCUGGCAAGACUGUGGCUUUGGUUGGAGAAAGUGGGAGUGGAAAAUCCACAGUCAUCUCGUUAUUGCAGAGAUUCUACGAUCCCGAAUCAGGAACUAUCACUCUUGAUGGAGUUGAGAUCCAAAAGUUUCAAUUGAAGUGGCUAAGGCAACAAAUGGGACUUGUGAGCCAAGAGCCUGUUUUAUUUAACGACACAAUCCGUGCCAACAUUGCAUACGGGAAAGGUGGAAAUGCAACCGAGUCCGAGAUUUUAGCUGCAUCAGAAUUGGCCAAUGCUCACAAGUUCAUUAGUGCACUAAAACAGGGUUACGAUACGGUCGUAGGUGAACGAGGAGUUCAGUUGUCGGGAGGACAGAAACAACGUGUAGCGAUUGCGCGAGCCAACGUUAAAAGCCCGAAGAUACUGCUGUUAGAUGAGGCGACGAGUGCAUUGGAUGCGGAAUCGGAGAAGGUGGUUCAAGAUGCACUAGAUAGGGUGAUAGUGAACCGAACAACGGUUGUAGUGGCUCAUAGGCUAUCCACCAUCAAGAAUGCAGAUGUUAUAGCUGUGGUUAAAAACGGCGUUAUUGUAGAGAAAGGAAAGCAUGACACCUUGAUCAACAUCAGAGAUGGUUUCUAUGCUUCCUUGGUUUCACUGCACAUGAAUGCUUCCACUGCAUAAUUU